AGCACGUCUACUGCGCAUGCUCCUGCUGCCUCCCGGAAGUUUUGAAGUGUGUAGCUGAUCCAGAAGUUGUAGGUGUUUUUGUCCUGCAGCUGUGAGUCUUAAGCCGAGACACAAAUAAUUCUGAUCCAGUUGGCCACAGCAGUGACCCUGGGUGAAGCUCCCCUCAGGUCCCGCAUGCUGAGCAGAUGUCCCGCUUCGACCUGGUCCCGGUUGACGGUGGUGAUCCUGUCCACCUCCCGCAGGGGGAGACUGUGCUGGGCAGGGGUCCUCUAUUGGGAGUCAGUGACAGGAGGGUGUCCAGACAGCACGGGCUGCUGGAGAACCUGAAUGGACAGUUGCGUCUCAAAUCGACCCACAUGAACCCGUGCUUUCUUCUGUCGUCCCCGACCGACGACCCUCGACCUCUGAAGAAAGGUUCCUGGUGCCCUCUUCAUCAUGGAGACUUGUUCUCUCUGCUGCCGGGGCAGUUUAUCUACAAGGUGGUGGCCGUGGGCGGAGAAGACCGCACUCCCAGGAACAGUCAGGCGUUAGAAGAAGACAAAGAAGUUGCUGUUUCUCCCAGGCCAGAACCCCCCCCUGCUGUCGGACCGGAGCGUGGACAGACUCCCCCUCAGGAGGAGCCCAUGCCUGCAGCUCGGUCAAACGCAGACAAUCCCGACAGAAGUUUAAACCAGGGAAACUCUGCACAACCGAAAGAAGUGGAUGAUGACCAAAGCAACGUCACCCUGUCUGCACCUGUGAGAAGAGUUUUACCUGCGUGGAUGAUGGCGGCUGCAGCGCACAGUUCUUCCCCCAGCCCGAAAGUUCAGUCAGCUGUGAGGAGAAGUAAAGCACCUGCAGCGGCAGCCACCGGCACUAAACGAGCAGCAGCCAAGAAGGCGGCGCCCACCAAGACUUCCUCGUCUGAGGAGGCGGAGCUCAGCCAGGAGAUCCCCAAGAGGAAGAGAAGAGAUGAAGCAGCAGCAGCAGCUCAGUCUCAAAUAGAUUUUCCUUCAGAGCGGCCAACAGUUCGGCUACAGAGUGAAUCCAACAGGUCUGAGCUGAGCGACGAGUCCGAGAGCUUCCCUGUGGAGGCGGACGAGGAAGAACGAGAAGGAGAGACAUGGACAGCUGACACAAACACCAUGACACGGACGACGCAUGCAGUCGGUCAACCGGAGAACGACGACAAGACGUCGAAAAACGGACGACAAAUGACCAAACGGGCGGAGUCUGUCGGGUCAAACAGUGGCCCCUCGUCCAGACCCGCUCCGUCCAAACCUCGACUCAGAGCGCCGUGUCCGUACGGAAAGGACUGCUACAGAAAGAACCCGGUCCACUUCCAGGAGUGCAGCCACCCCGGCGACACCGACUACGAAGAGGAGGACGAGGAGGAGGAGGAGGAGGCAGACCUACCUGAGUGCCCCUAUGGUACCGACUGCUACAGGAAAAAUCCUCUUCACAGGAAAGAAUACAAACACACAAAGACACCAGCCGCCGCUAAACGCACCGUCCGCAAGAAGCCCCCGGCUGAUGACGAAGAUGAAGACGAGGACUUUGAAGAUGACGACAGCUUCAUCAAUGACGACAGCGAGGACGUGGGCGAUGACUCGGACUACGCCCCUCCUGACUCUGAUGACAGCGGCAAGGAGGACAUGAAGCGACUGCAGAAAGAAGCAAAGGCCUUUGUGAAGAGGAGGAAGUAGACGUGGUGUCCUUUUUGUUUUGUUUGUUUGUUUUUAAAGCUGCAGCAGGCGCAGACGCACCAGUUUAAUGAGACUAAAUCAGCUGGAGGAGCUGCAGCAGCUGAGGCCUCAGCAGGGCUGUGCGGGUCCACUCUGAUUAUUUGUUCUUAAAUGAUUUGUUGUGCUUUUAAACAGUAAGGUUGAGUCCAGACUGGAAUAAUCAUGGCCCAGAUGAAGUAUCAGGUGAAAUCUUCUGAGGAAAAUGUAGUUUAGUGCCUUCUGAUUAUUUGAUAUUCUUUGCUGAUAAAGAAUGUUUGCUGUAGAAAGAUGUUUGAAGGCUUCAUUUCCUUCCACUGCUGCAGAAUAACCAAAGAAGGUAAAGACAAAGUUAAGGUCAGAAAAACUGAAAAAUAAUGUAAAUUUCAGAACAACUUCAAGUUAUUCUGCAGCAGUGGAAAGAAAUGAACCACAUUUCUACAGUAAACAUGUUGGAACAGCCUGUUAAUACACCCUCAGAAGCUUUAUUUGGACUUUAUUAUAUAUAAUAUUAUUUUAACUUUGGCAGUUUGCUGCUUACUUUUGGACCAUUUGAGGUUUUUCACUGGCUUGAACUUAUAUUUUAAAUACAAACUAGAAAGACGAGGCUGUUGACUGGUUCUAUAUGUUAACUGCAUUGUUGCAGAUCAGAUGUGAGCACUGAAACCAGAUCCGAGCAUGUUGUCUGCCUCAAGUGGAUCAGACGACCAGGUCUAGAAGAGUCUGCAGCUUCUCUCUGUCUGCACUGUUAAACUUUCUGCUGCCAUCAAAUCUCCACACAGGAAGCCACCUGAGAGUAAAACACUGGCAGCACUUAGAGCUCUCCCCCUCUUUCAUUGACUCGCUCACAAGUUUUGUUAAAUGUUCUUGGUUCCAGCUGCAAAAGCUUUCGGAUGUCUUUGCAGGCGUCGUCUUGGCAACACCGAACACAACAAUGGACUUUAAUAAUUCAGGCUGAUUUAAUGAAAGAUGUUGGAUGAAAAACCUUUAAUUAAGAAACACUCAUGUACCCUCAACGCUGGCUGAUUACAUAAGUUUGUAUUUUGGGACAUAACCACUAAGUGAAAAUCUUCUCACAGUGUGUUUGAUAUGCGCCUUUUUUUUGUCGUUUAGAUUUUAUUUCAGAUUCUGUCUGUGUAAAUAUGUUUAAUUUCAGAGUUUUUAGAAGUAGAUCCGUUUUUUUUCCCUGUGUUCCCUGAGUGUUUUUCUAUUGUUGUUUAAAUACAUCCGAUGAAAACAAA